AUGUUAUUAAUAUUAUGUUUAAUAUUUUUAAUUGAAAUCGAUGCAAAACGCCAUCGUUGUGUAAAUAGUGGUGUACUGUUUUCGGAUAAAGUUAUGCGUGCACCAAUUGUUGUUUAUGGUCAACCAAUAGCAAAAAGAAUUCAUCUUGAUACAAAUACUGAAUUACUUUUUAAUAUUACAUUUCGUGUUGAUUGUAUUUUUAAAGGAGAAGAUAUCGAAAAUCAAAUUGAAAUAACUGAAGCAGGUAUUAAAAUGGGUCAUACAGCUUGUCAAUGGCUUGAACCAGGAGAACAUUUUAUUGUUUUUCUUGAAAAAUGGGGAACAAAUAUAAAUAGUUAUCGGCCACUUGAUUUUCAAGAAGUUAUUGUUGAUAAUAUGACAUAUGAAUUAUUAGAAAAAACAUGUCAUUUAACACGCAUUGCACCAUUAUAUUCAACAAUCAAUAACUGCCCUAAUGUAUCAAUAAGUGAAUAUUGUCCUCAUGAUGACAUUGACGUAAGUCUAACAUCAAGUGAAGAAUAUUCAAAUAAUAUAAAUUUCAAUGUAAAAUCAUCUUAUUAUGAUGAUGGUAAUAAAUUUUAUCGUCAAUCAAAUGUAACAAUAAUAAAAGAUGCAUCGAUAAUAACACAAAUUGAAAAUAAUUCAAAGAAUUAUGCCUAUUCAUUAACAAAAAAUUGGAUUUCAAUGAUAAUUAUUAUUAUUGUUAUGAUGAUUAUGAUUAUCUAG